UCCGGCAAGCGUUCGCUUUUGUCUGGAAAAAAAAAAUAAAAAAGAAAAGAUUUGUGACAACUUUAAAUUACAAUUUGCAAAAAUAUAUUUGUAAAAUUAUGGAAGAAAAGAAGCGAUCUCCGACAGAGGAAGACAAUGACGAGGAAGGCAGACGCUCAAGCCGUAGGAAAAAGGCAAAGGUUGAAUAUAAAGAGGUAGAGGAGCAAGUCACAACUGUUUCUGAUGAGGACAUGGAAUCAGAUGAGGAGAAGAAAGAGAAGGAGAAAGAGAAGGAGAAAGAGAAGGAGAAAGAGAAGGAGAAAGAAAAAGCUCCUGUUGAGGACAAGAAACCUCCUCAACCUCAACCUACCCCUCAGCCUCAGCCAGCUGCCAAGACCGACCCAGAACCGGAACCAGAAAAUGACAGUGAAAAUGACGACCCAACAGGUUUAGAAGGAGCAGCAUUUCAGAGCAGAGUACCCUUUGACAAGAUGACAUCACAAGAGGCAGCCUGUUUUCCUGACAUCCUACAAGGUCCACCUCAGUCCCAAAAAGUCUUCUUACAUCUCAGGAACAGAAUUCUUCAACUUUGGCUGGAGAAUCCCAAACAGCAGCUGACAUUUGAAGUAGCCUUACCACAGAUAGAGGCACCAUACAACAGUGACGGUCCUCUUGUGAUGAGAGUACAUGCGUACUUAGAGAGGUUUGGCUACAUCAACUUUGGAGUAUUCAAAAGACUUAAGCCACUUCCAGCCAAGAAACACGGUAAAGUGAUAAUAAUCGGAGCUGGAAUAGCGGGUCUUACAGCAGCCCGACAGCUGAUGGCAUUCGGAAUGGAUGUCACCAUCUUGGAAUCAAGGGACCGUGUGGGAGGAAGGGUGGCCACCUUCAGAAAGAACAACUACGUAGCUGACCUGGGCGCGAUGGUUGUUACCGGUCUUGGAGGGAACCCAAUGACGAUACUGAGUCGACAAAUCAACAUGGAACUCCACAAAAUCAAACAGAAAUGUCCACUGUAUGAAACCAGCGGAAGCACAUUACCCAAUGAAAAGUUAUUGCAGGUACCCAAAGACAAGGAUGAGAUGGUGGAGAGAGAGUUCAACAGGUUACUGGAGGCCACCUCCUACCUCUCCCACCAGAUGGACUUCAACUUUGUCAACAACAAGCCCGCCUCCCUGGGGCAGGCUCUGGAGGCGGUCAUCACAAUGCAGGAAAAACAUGUGAAGGAGAAGCAGUGCGAGCACCAAAGACACAUCAUAGAGUUACAGGAGAAACUCAAGAAGAACCAGAACUCUAUGCUUUCUCUGAAAGACAAGGUAGAAGAGCUACACAAACAGUGGAAAGAGGCAUCAGAAGUUAAACCGCCAAGAGACAUAACUGCUGAGUUCCUUGUCAAAAGCAAACUCAGAGAUCUGAAUGCAGCGUGCAAAGAAUAUGAGCAAUUACAAACUCAACAGAAGGAAAUUGAGGACAAACUACAUGAAAUGGAAAACUCCCAUCCAAGAUUUGGUUGCAGUGACGUGUAUCUGUCAUCUCGAGAUCGCCAGAUCCUCGACUGGCACUUUGCCAACCUGGAGUUCGCCAAUGCCACACCCCUCUCUUUGUUAUCCCUCAAACAUUGGGAUCAGGAUGAUGACUUUGAAUUUUCUGGCAGUCAUUUAACAGUGCGUAAUGGCUACUCCUGUGUCCCAGUGGCCCUCGCAGAAGGACUGGACAUCAAACUGAACACGGCCGUCAGGAAGUGCAAUUACUCGGCCACUGGGGUGGAGCUAGUGGUCAGCAACGCAAAGAACAACACCAAUCAACAGACGCUGAAGGCCGACGCUGUCCUCUGUACCCUCCCACUGGGCGUGCUCAAAGAGUGCAUCAAGGGUAACGGCCUUAACUGUGUCCAGUUCAGUCCCUCCCUGCCCGAGUGGAAAUCGUCGGCCGUGCAGAGGAUGGGAUUCGGAAAUCUCAACAAAGUUGUGUUGUGUUUUGAUCGUGUGUUCUGGGACCCCAACGCUAACCUGUUUGGUCAUGUGGGUAGCACCACGGCCAGUCGCGGUGAACUGUUCCUGUUCUGGAACCUCUACAAGGCCCCCGUGUUACUGGCACUGGUUGCCGGGGAAGCAGCAGCCAUCAUGGAAAAUGUCAGCGAUGAUGUCAUCGUUGGGCGGUCUCUUGUGGUCCUCAAAGGCAUUUUUGGAAACAAUGCUGUGCCACAGCCUAAGGAGACCCUGGUGACAAGAUGGAGGGCUGAUCCUUGGGCUAGAGGAUCCUAUUCUUUCGUAGCAGCUGGCUCUUCAGGAAACGACUACGACCUGAUGGCCACCCCGGUCUCUCACACGUCGGGGGGACUGCCCCGCCUGUUCUUCGCAGGGGAACACACCAUCAGAAACUACCCCGCCACGGUCCACGGGGCACUCCUCAGUGGUCUACGGGAGGCGGGUCGGAUAGCGGACCAAUUCCUUGGGGCGCCGUACGCCCUACCCACCCACAAAAACGAAGGGGUGAAGACGUAAUAACAACUCACAUCAACGACAUCCAUAUUCCAGGGUCAUUUCACAUUGCCGAGACAUACCUAACAUGCAUUUGGGUUCGUGGCAUGUUUACAAGUGCAGAUACGGGACUAGCAUAUUUUUUCUUUUUCUUUUUUUUUUUACCUUGAAAAAUAAAUUAUUUUUAGAAACCACUUGCAUCAGUGAAAAUGGCAGCUGCGAUUCGAGUUGUAAUUGUUAUGGCUAACUUCAAAUGGUUCGUGUUUAUAUUUUGUUGGUGAUUAGAAUACCGUACAUGUUUUUCGUAUCAUCAAGUUAAUGCAAUACAAACUACCGUAUUAUAAAAGUGUGUCAAUGCAGUAACCAUUGAUACGCUUUCAUUUAUACAUCACAGUGUGUGUUCUUGGCAUAUCUUCAUCAUUUUUUCAUCCAGUCAAUUUUGCACAUCGCUGAACCAGGCGUUUCAUGAUGUAAUAAAAGUAUGUGACAAAUGCA